AUGGCGCUUUUGCUCUCAAGUCGGCGCCCUCUGAUGGCACUUCUGUCCUCCAGUCAGCGCCCCCUGAUGGCGCUUCUGUCCUCAAGUCAGUCCUUCUGUCCUUCUGCUCUCAAGUCGGCGCCCCCAGAUGGCACUUCUGCUCUCAAGUCAGUGCCCCCGAUGGUGCUUCUGUUCUCAGGUCGGCACCUCCAGAUGGCGCUUCUGUCCUCAAGUCAGUCCUUCUGUCCUUCUGCUCUCAAGUCAGCGCCCCCAGAUGGCGCUUCUGCUCUCAAGUCGGCGCCCCCAGAUUGCGCUUCUGUCCUCAAGUCAGUCCUUCUGUCCUUCUGCUCUCAAGUCGGCGCCCCCAGAUGGCACUUCUGCUCUCAAGUCAGUGCCCCCGAUGGUGCUUCUGUUCUCAGGUCGGCACCUCCAGAUGGCGCUUCUGUCCUCAAGUCAGUCCUUCUGUCCUUCUGCUCUCAAGUCAGCGCCCCCAGAUGGCGCUUCUGCUCUGAAGUUGGCGCCCCUGAUGGUGCUUCUGUUCUCAGGUCGGCACCUCCAGAGGGUGCUUCUGAACUCUCGUCGGCACCCCCAGAGGGUGCUUCAGAACUCUCGUCGGCACCCCCAGAGGGCGCUUCUACUCUCAAAUUGGCACCUCCGGAGGGUGCUUCCGGCUCCUCGUCAGCGCCCUUCGACGGCGCUUCUGGUCUCAAGUCGGUGCUCCCCGAUGGCGCUUCUGGUCUCUCGUCGGCGCCCAUCAGCGGCGCUUCUGGUCUCUCAUCAGCGCCCAUCGGCGGCGCUUCUGGUCUCUCGUCGGCGCCCAUCAUCGGCGCUUUUGAACUCUCGUCUGCACCCUCCGAUGGAGCUGCUGGUCUUUUGUUUGCACUCCCAGAUAGCGCUUGUGGUCUCCUGUCGGCAGCCUGCAUCCUGGCACUUUUGUCACGCCUGCCUAAGGACUUAAUGAAUGACUUUAAAUUUGCCCCUCAGGAGAGACCACCUGUUGUGACCAUAAAUCCUGAUAAUCACGUGUUUAUAGGAGAGACUGUUACUCUCACAUGUAACAUAGUGAAUGGAGGAGGUGUCCAGAACUGGAGGUACAGAUGGAAUAAAGGAGGUUCAGACCAAACUGUCAGUAAUGAUCAGCAGUACAGAAUCAGUGAUGUUACAGAGAAUCAUGCAGGUAAAUACACCUGUACAGGAACAGAGACAGGAGGAUCACGUUCCUCACACCCCAGUGAUGCUGUUCUACUGACUGUAUCAGCAAAACCCAAACCAACUGUGAGAUUAGAACCUCAGAACUUCAUCUACACUGGAGACACCGUUACUCUGACCUGUGAUCUGAAUCAGUCUACAGGAUGGAAUUUCACCUGGUACAGAAAUGAUCAGCAUGUAAAUCUUCAGACCUCUGCAGAUAAAAUCACCACCAACAAACUCAGUGUAAAACGUUUUAAUACAGGAACAACAACGUACAAAUGUAGAGCACGAAGAAGAAACGAACACAACAACCAGCAAAACCACCACUAUUACGACUCAGAUUACAGUGAUCCAGUUACCGUUGCAGUAGAAGAGAGACCAAAAGCUGCUGUGAUCAUAAAUCCUAGUAAUCACGUGUUUAUAGACGAGAUUGUUACUCUCACAUGUAACAUAGAGAAUGGAGGAGGUGUCCAGAACUGGACGUACAGCUGGAAUAAAGAAGGUUCAGACCAAACUGUCAGUAAUGAUCAGCAGUACAGAAUCAAUAAGGUUACAGAGAAUCAUGCAGGUAAAUACACCUGUACAGGAACAGAGACAGGAGGCUCACGUUCCUCACACCCCAGUGAUGCUGUUCUACUGACUGUAUCAGCAAAACCCAAACCAACUGUGAGAUCAGAACCUCAGAAGUUCAUCUACACUGGAGACACCGUUACUCUGACCUGUGAUCUGAAUCAGUCUACAGGAUGGACUUUCAUCUGGAACAAAAAUAAUCAGCAUUUAAAUCCUCAGAUCUCUGCAGAUAAAAUCACCACCAACAAACUCAGUGAGAAACUUUCUAAUACAGGAACAACAAAGUACUACUGUGUAGCACGAAGAGAAAACUACUACUCACAGUUCAGUGAUCCAGUUACUGUUACAGUUGAAGCGAGACCAAAACCAGUGGUGACUAUAGAGCCUGGUCAUGUGUUCAGUGGAGACUCUGUUACUCUUACAUGUAACAUUAAUGGAGGACGUGUCCAGAACUGGACAUACAGCUGGAAAAAAGAAGGUUCUAAUGUCAGUAAUAAACAGCAGUACAGAAUCAGUGAUGUUAAACUGAAUCAUGCAGGUAAAUACACCUGUACAGGAACAGAGACAGGAGGAUCACGUUCCUCACACCCCAGUGAUGCUGUUCUGACUGUAUCAGAGAGACCAAAACCAGCUGUAACCACAAAGCCUGAUAAUCACGUGUUUAUAGGAGAGAUUGUUACUCUCAGAUGUAACAUAGUGAAUGGAGGAGAAAAACCAAAACCUGAACUCACAUCUAACCAUAAAGUAGCUGCACUAGCAGGAAACUUAGUGCUUCUGUACUGUGAACUGAACCCAACUGCUGGAUGGAACUUCUACUGGUACAAACACACACAGAACACUGAGACUGAGACUACAACACACCCCUCCUACACCAUCUACUCAGUUAGUGUCUCUGAUGGAGGCCAGUACUGGUGCAGAGCUGGAAGAGGAAACCCAGUCUAUUACACACAUUACAGCAAUGCACUCUGGGUAAAUGUUACUGGUGAAACGUCUCCAGUUUCUCUGAUCAUCAAUCCCAGCAGAACUCAACACUUUACUGAUGAAUCUCUCUCACUGAGCUGUGUGGAUCAAAGUAAAUCUACUGAAUGGAGAGUAAAAAGUUCCGUUCAGAAAAAUGAUGAUCGAGGAGUGUUAGACUGUUCAACAUUAUCAGGAUCAGCUGGAGAAUCUACAUGCAGCAUCAGCUCCCUCAGCACAUCCCACACUGGAGUGUACUGGUGUGAAUCUGAAUCUGGAGGCAGUAAUCCUGUCAACAUCACAGUGCAUGGUGGUGACGUGAUUCUGGAGAGUCCUGUUAAUCCUGUGAUUGAAGGAGAAUCUCUGACUCUACACUGUUUAUAUCGCAAAACUAAACCCUCAAACCUCCGAGCUGAUUUCUAUAAAGAUGGAUCAGUCGUGCAGAACCAGACCUCAGGAGAGAUGAUGAUCCAUCAAGUCUCAAAGUCAGAUGAAGGUUUCUACCACUGUAAAUACCCCGAGGGAGGAGAAUCACCAAAGAGUUUGGUCUUAGUCAGAGGUGAUACAGACAUUUCAAAAUCUGUAGCCACUAUUAUAGGAGUUGCUGGAGGAUUAGGUUCAGCCUUGUUGCUGCUCUUAUUGAUAAUAUUACUUUGCUGCUGCAAGAGGAACAAAGGUUUGAUCCUAAUGAUCUAUGAUUGA